CUACGAUUGAUUUUAAUGGCUUCGAAAUGUCCAAAUCGGUGAUCUCUGAAGCUGCUAGUAAGGUCUGUGCUCGUGGUGACUCCUUUCAGUGAGUUUUCAGUGGAAAGGUACGAUUAUCUCAAACCGAGAGCGAAAUGGGGCGCCACUCCUCAGACAGCGAGGACGACAGCCGCAGCAGCCGCCGGAAGAAGAAGCACAGGCGUCGCUCCUCUUCCUCCAGCUCGUCGGGGAGCCGCGUGACCAGCCGCAGUAAGCGGUCCAGUCGGCGGUCCCGGUCGCGGUCAUGGUCCCGGGACAGAGACAGGAGGCGCAGAAGGAGGUCCAGCAGCAGCUCCUCCUACGAGUCGUCCCGGAAGAAGAGGAGCAGGAGCCCCGAGAAGAGCAAGCAGCGCUCCCACCGGUCCCACUCCCGAAACCGCAGGUCUCGCUCGAGGCAUCGGCGGUCCCGGAGCCGCAGCAGCGGGAAGUCCAGCCGCCAGCGCCGCCGCAAGGGGCGGAGCCGGGACCGAGAGAAGGGGCGGAGCCGGGACCGAGAGAAGGGGCGGAGCCGGGACCGAGAGAAGGGGCGGAGCCGGGACCGAGAGAAGGGGCGGGACAAGGACAAAGCCAAAGAGAAGGAGCCACGUGUGACCGGGGAUGGCGGAAACAUCAAAGCCGGAUUAGAACAUCUGACCCCUGCAGAGCAGACUAAAGCCACACUCCAGCUGGUGCUCCAGGCUGCAGCCAAAACGGAUGAGGUGCUGAAAGCCAAGGAAAAGAAGGAGGAGGAAGCUCGGAAAAAGAAGGAGGAAGAGGAGGCAUCGCUGGAGGAGCAGGUCCGUCGCAUCCAGGACAUCGAGGCCAUCAACAGCGACUCUUUUGUUGCCCAGGCUUUCAAAUCAAGCAGAGACAGCAAAAAGGUGUCUGACACGGUGGAGGUAAAGCAGGAAGUGGAGCAGGUUGACCCGCCCCCUGAGAAAGAGGAGGUGUGUCUCCCUACAGCCAUUCGUUACCAUGACAGCGACUCCCUGGCCCACCCCAGCCUCUUUAUGGAAAAGGAGGAGGCGGAGGAGCUUUGGCUGAACAGACUCAUCUCCCUGCGCCAGGAGAGGCUCAUGGGAAGUCCUGUACCCUGAUCUGCUCCGCAGACCGGCCGUCUGAUUGGAUGAGAUGAGCAGCACCAAUCAAACGGGGGCUUGAAUCAGAUCAAAUCGGACCUGCAGCUGAAGCUUGUGUGUUAGGGUGUGGCCACCUGAGCGGGACAACCAGGUGUGAGCGUCCGUACGUCUGUACUGCUGUCUGGCUUCCGAGCGUCCGUACGUCUGUACUGCAGUCUGACUUCCGAGCGUCCGUACGUCUGUACUGCAGUCCCGUUUCAAGCCAGGCUUAACAUCACAGGUCUGAUGAGGUGAAACCUUUCAAAACUCGCCUCUGUGUUUUCUUAUUGAUUUUUAUCUUCAGUAAUGUUUUUUGUUUCAUAUUUUUUUAGAUGCACGUGUCAAAUAAAUGUGUAGAAAUGUGUGGUGAUUGUGCAGAUUGAAUUUCUGGAGUGCGCUGGAUGUGAGGAAGCAUCAGCGCUGUGCUGAAACGACUGAGGGACAGACAGACACACGGACAGACAGACACACGGACGGACGGGCAAACAGACACACAGACGGACGGACAGACAGAAACACGGACGGGCAAACAGACACACAGGCAGACUAACAGACACACAGACAGACAGACAGACGCACAGACAGACGGACAGACACACAGACAGACGGACAGGCACACAGACGGACAGACACACAGACAGACAGACACACAGACAGACAGACAGACAGACACACAGACGGACAGAUAGGCACACAGACGGACAGACACGCAGACAGACGGACAGACACACAGACAGACGGACAGGCACACAGACGGACAGACACACAGACAGACAGACAGACACACAGACGGACAGAUAGGCACACAGACGGACAGACACACAGACAGACAGACAGAUGGAAAUGCGGGGUCACAGUAAUCGCAGCUCGUCACAGGCUCUAUUUACAGCCGGACAGAUGUCUGGGGGGUGGGGGGAGGGCGGUGUAGGGGGUGGGGGAGGGGGGUUGGCUCACUCAGAUUCACCCAGAUCUGCAAUUAAAAUGUCAGCAUGCGUCAGAGUGCUUUUCAGGGCUAUGCUGCUUGGUGGUUACCAAGCACCCUGUGCCUCACUAAAAAUACAACGUGUGUGAGAGUGUUUGAGUGUGUGUGUGUGAGUGUGUGAGGUCUUUGAGUGUGUGUGUGUGUGAGUAUGUGAGUGUGUGAGUGAGUGUGACUGUGCGUGUGUGUGAGUGAGUGUGUGAGUGUGUGUGAGUGAGUGAGUGUGUGUGUGUGUGUGCGCGUGUGAGUGAGUGAGUGUGUGUGUUUGAGUGUGUGUGUGAGUGAGUGAGUGCGUGUGUGUGUGUGUGUGUGAGUGAGUGCGUGCGUGUGUGUGUGUGUGUGUGUGUGUGUGUGUGUGUGUGUGUGUGUGUGUGUGUGUGUGUGAGUGUGUGUGUGAGCGAGCGUGUGUGUGUCUCCCCCCUGGAACAGGAGCUCUGGUAAAUAUGUACAUGCACAGUCACUCUUCCACUAGAAGUAAACAAAACAGAAUAGAAUCCUGUCCUGUGGAUCAAACCACCUCUCUUCUGUAACAACUGCUUUCAUUUGUCAAUUAAAAUUUUUUUUCCUACA